AUGGCGCCGGCGUUCCUUGAGGGCGUCGCGCACACCCCGAGCGGGGAGGCCGCCUGCCUCGCCUGCUACCUCGUCCAAACCAAACUCCAUCGACCGCUUUUGCUCAAUCGGAUGUACCGCGAGGCGAUCCAUCGCUUUCCGUUUCAAAAGGCGCUUUUAGUCAACUACGCGGAUUUCUGCGCGAAGCACGGUUACCAUCAUCUCUCGCGGAAGUACUACGCCCUCGCGUUCGCGAUCUCUGGCGGGGAUGGGUGUCGGACGAGGUGCUACGGCAACUACUUCGCGAGCGGCCACCCCACGAUCGACCACGGCGUCGUCAGCGAGGCGAUUUAUCGCUUUUAUCUCGAGCGCUACCCCCAUUCCUCGGAGGCGCACAUGAUGUACGCCGGCUACCUCGCCUCUGUGAUGCCGACCCCGUUCAAAACGCAGCGAUGCUUCGCGAAGGGGCUGCAGUUGGAUCCGAACUCAAAGCUUCUCUCCGCGUAUGGGUUUUUUAUCUGGGCCUGCGCCGACAACCCGGCCGCCCACGCGGGCGAGGACGUCCAGACGCAGAUCUUUGAUGAGGUGGAGAAGGUCUUUGAAAAGGCCGCGCAGCUCGAGCCGAACAGUCUCGAGGCACUUCAGAAUCUCGGGCGCUUCUACGCGUUCCGAAAGAACCGCACCAAGGAGGCGAUCGAGACCUUUCAUAAGGCGCAUCAGCUCCGUCCGUAUAACGCCGAGAUCGCCCUGCAGCUCGCGUUGGCUAUCGAGAAUGAAUGCGUGCGGUUGGCGGAGGAGGAGCGUUUGCGGCUUGGGGGAGGAGGUGCCGCCACGUCUACGGCAAACGCGGGGCUUCAGGAAUCCUGGCAGUCGCCCCGUCUACGCUCCCUGAAGGAGGCCGUUAAGCAAGCCUUUGAAAAGGUGAUCGAUUUGAACCCCUCGCACGUUGAGGCAUUGGAUCGCUACGCGAAGUUUGCGGUUUCGAUUUUGAAAGACCUUACAUUGGCCGCGAAGAUUUGGUCUCGUAUUGAGCAAAUAAAUCGAUCACAAGAUUAG